AGCUGAGGAUAAUGACUGACGGACGGAGACGUUCUUGGAAUGUUGCUGUCUGGCGCAGAGUUCUGGGAAUUGUGCUCUUAAGUUUUUCAUGGAUAGAAGGUUGUCAGGAUAACAACAAGCUUUGUUCGUAUUGGGCAUCAAUCGGUGAAUGUAAAAGGAACCCAAACUACAUGUUAUACAGUUGCCGCAAGAGUUGUAACGCUUGCAAAGCUUUUGGCAAUUCCGUCAAAUGGCCGUCGGGAAAAUACGGUCUACCUAUGACUAAAUCUGGUUGUCCUGGGGCUGACGGUUUCUCUUGGGAGACCGGAUAUAUCUAUCAAGAUUUGGAGGAUGACAAAAGCCUUACGGCGAAAUCUCCAAACUUUCACCUUAAUGCUUCAGUACUGAGUUCGGGAGAUGUUACUCAAAGCUUCUGCUUCAAGACAAUUACGACCGGUGCUGUUGAUAACGGUCGAUUUGGUUGGCCUUACGGUCAAUACUGCAUUUAUAAAAAAGGCUCUUCAUGUCCAGGCUAUCUACGAGAAGGAAGCGUCUUGUGGGAUGAUGAAAACGGGAAACAUGGAAUAAAUUUGAAUUUCAAAUCCGGUACUGUCCCUGCUGGAACGUACAAAUCAGAUACUGAGAUAAGGUUUUGUUGUCAAGAUGUUGGAUCGUACAGCGAACCUAUCGAGCUGCCAAUAGACAAGCCUUUCUAUCUGAUAGCUUUUAACAGUAAGAACUGCCAAGAAGUUUUGAAAACAACACAUACGUUGGAGUAUAUACUGUAUGACACAGAGAAUGAUAACAAUCAUAACCGCGCGGUCUAUUCUUAUCCUUUUGGUGCGGAUCUUCAAAAUCCCUACAUUUAUUAUUGCUAUUACCAAGCGUGUAGAUGGACCUUAACAGCAUUGAAUGGUUCCUUCUCAAGUCCAAACUAUCCAUCUCCAUAUAAGGAAAAGGCCUGGUGUGAGUGGCAUAUCAAUGUCCCCUGGAACUACAUAAUUUCAUUGACAUUUGUUGACUUCCGUCUGGAAACGAGUGAUAUGUGUCUCUUUCAAAGCUGUGAUUGCGACUAUGUAGAGAUACACGACAACUUUCCAAAUGGAACGUCUGAACUAACAGGGAAAUACUGUAUGGGUGUGGCGUAUCCGCCUGGGGAUAUCCGGUCAAAAACCAAUAACGUUACAGUUACAUUUACCUCAGAUGGUACUGUCCAAGACGUGGGUUUUAAGGCUGAAUAUCAUGCUCUCCAGCUUACAAUACCAACAAGUACGGGGAGAACAACAGAUACCACGCAGAAAGCGACAUCAACCGAUAUCACUUCUGUCAGUCCUACCACAGUUCCGAUUACUGGAGCAAAUUCCAGAGGCACAACAAGUGGAAAUGAUAAGUCUCCUACUGCCGGAAAUACAGCAACACUUACUUCUUUAAGCAACAACAGCAAAAUUACAACUGGUACAACAAUCACACCAGCUAAAGAAUCCUCUACAGAACAAUCAACCCUAACAACACGCUCAAGUGGGCAUUCAACAUCGCAAAAAGCAUCCUCAGUUCAUACCAAUCCAAACGGAUCGUUUACCUCCCCAUUUACGAACAUACCUGUGACAACACUACCAAUCACAACUGAUCAUGAGGUGCCUCCAAGAACAAGGCCGCAUGAAACCACCCAGAGAACUUCAACCUCAAGGGUAACGAGUGGAGAACUCUUUCCACUAACCGAAUCAAGGAGUAAGGGGGAACCGAGCAACUCGAAUGGAGAAACCGAACAGAAGGCUGAAUACAAAAAUUCAAGAGCAUCGGGGAAAGUUCCCAUCAUUGUUGCUUUGAUAGCUUCGUUGGCUGCUUUAGCUGUGGUGGUAACAGUAGCACUUGUUUGUCUCCGUAGAAACUGGCGGUUCAAAAGGACAGACAAAGGUCAUAACAAAUUUACUGUCAGCUACACAGCUAGUGAGAAGAUAGCUGAAGACGAUAACAACCCUCCAAACAUGUACAACGAAAGUUUCAGCAGAGAAAAUGAGAGAGGAGAACGCUACACCACGGAAACGUUGACAAAGAAGGAACAAUUUAACAUUUUAUACGAUAACAGGGAUUUUAUGGAUUCCUAUGACCAGUUUGCGGAUGAUGACGAGAUCAAAGAGAGUGACAAUCCGCUCUAUUGCAGCAGCAUCGAAACUGGACAAGACGAAAAAGAGAACAUUUUGUACGAAAGCAUGGAUGAUGUUUUACAAAGUGUAGAAGAGGCUGAAUGCAUCAAUCCGGUGUAUGAAGGGAUGGUCUAAUAUAUGUGUGACGACUGUGGACUGAAAGUAUACUUCGUUGAUUUUCAAUUUUUAGGCUUUCCGCAAGAUAAUAGACGCGUUGAUUGAACUUAAAUUUGCAAGUGCAAAACAGCCAUGGUGUGGUCAGACAAUAUUUUUUCAAGACUUCAUAAUCAGACAUGUUUCAAUAAUGUCCAUUUAGAUGAAUCGACGUUGCUUAUUGGAAACGUCUUACUUACAAACAAAGAAUCUGAUCCUGAAUGGAAAGCACUUGAAGCUUGUGAGCUAAAUCUCAUAGCAACUAUACCUAGCCCUAAAUCAUAACCAA